AUGUCGCAUACACUCUCCCAAAAGUACCUCAGUACGCGGGGUGGUUCCCACGGGUUCGGCUUCGAGGAAGCUGUUCUCAAGGGACUGGCUUCAGAUGGCGGUCUCUUCAUCCCCGAGGAAAUCCCUUCACUCCCCGCUGGAUGGGAGACGGAGUGGCGCGAUCUGAGCUUCGAGGAGCUCGCAUUCAACAUCAUGUCUCUAUACAUCUCGCCGUCUGAAAUUCCGUCUGAAGACCUCAAGGAUAUCAUCAACCGCUCCUACUCAACCUUCCGCCACCCCGAGCGUACACCCAUCGUUGAGCUUGACUCGAAGCAGAACCUCUACCUUCUGGAGCUGUUCCACGGCCCUACAUUCGCUUUCAAGGACGUUGCGCUUCAAUUCCUUGGAAAUCUGUUCGAAUACUUCCUUGUGCGCAAGAACAAGGGAAAGGAGGGCAAGGACAGGCACCAUCUCACUAUUGUUGGAGCUACAUCAGGAGACACUGGAAGUGCCGCCAUUUAUGGAGUUCGUGGAAAGAAGGAUGUCUCGAUUUUUAUGAUGUUCCCUACCGGAAAGGUGUCGCCCAUCCAGCAAGCCCAGAUGACGACCGUCCUUGACGCCAAUGUACACAACCUCACUGUCGAGGGUUCUUUCGAUGAUUGCCAGGAUAUUGUCAAGGCCCUCUUCGCUGACCCCGAUAUCAACUCCACUCACAACCUUGCCGCUGUUAACAGUAUCAACUGGUCGCGCGUUAUGGCGCAAGUGACCUACUUCUUCUACUCUUACUUCUCUCUUAUCAAGAAGUCUAGCGCCGACUCCAAGGUCCGCUUCGUUGUGCCUUCCGGCAACUUCGGUGACAUCCUGGCCGGUUGGUUCGCGAAGCAGAUGGGUCUCCCCGCGGAGAAGCUCAUCAUCGCCACGAAUGAGAACGACAUCCUCGACCGCUUUUUCCGCUCCAACGGACAGUACACCAAGAGCUCUGCCUCAGGUAGCGGCGUCAAGGAGACACACAGCCCCGCCAUGGACAUUCUCGUCAGCAGCAACUUCGAGCGUCUCCUUUGGUUCCUCGCCCUUCGCACAAAUACUUCCGCCGGCUCCAUCGAAGAGCGCCGCAAGCAGGCCUCCGAGAGCGUCAGCCAAUGGCUCAACCAGCUCAAGACCGAAGGCGGCUUCACCGUCCCUCCGGCCGUCAUCGAAGCCGCCAAGUCCGAAUUCGAAAGCGAGCGCGUCAGCAACGACGAGACCAUCGCCCAGAUUCGCUCAACCUACAACACCUCCUUCCCAUCCAACCUCACCCCUGGUAGCGCUACCUCCUCCAAAACUGGCGGCUACAUCCUCGACCCCCACUCCGCCGUUGGCGUUGCGGCGUCCCUUCGCUCCAUCCAGCGCAACCCCGGCACCAAGCACAUCUCUCUCUCCACCGCCCACCCUGCGAAGUUUGCCAGCGCUGUUGACCUUGCUCUUCGUGCUGAGGACGGCUAUGAUUUCACUGAGGUCCUACCUAAGGAAUUCAUUGGCCUUGAGCAGCGCGAGAGCAGGGUUACGCCCGUCCGCGCUGGUGCUGGGUGGGAAGGUGUCCGUGAGAUUGUGAAGGCUGAGGUUGACCAGGAGCUUGAGGGUAAGCGUUAG